CUUGGUUUCGAAAACAUGGUUGUGUGUUGAUGUGCGAGCAUGAUCGUUUCAGAAUGCGAUAAAGUUUUCCCCCGUAAACUGUGGCCAAAUGCGACUUGAAACGUCCGCGGAAGCUCUCGUACAAAACACUUCGGAAUGUGAUCUCACCGUCGACACGUCGUGUAGACUUUGAAACGCACGGUUUUCGCAGGGUUUAGUGAGACGCGGCGCGCAUCGUUUAAUUUUGUGCGUGGACAUUAUCCUCCACGUAGGAGUUUUUGCUCGACAAGUGGUAACAGCAACCCACGUCGCGGCAUUUUUUCACCUUCGGCAUGGUCUACUGCAGCAAACCGAGAGCAGCGCACAGCAGCCGCAUCAAUCGCGUGAGCACCACAUCUUGUAGGAUCGUGUUAGCAUCGUGUGGCUGAGAGCGCGGAGUCUUGUUGUAAACAGUGCGAUCGGUGUGACCUCGUGGCUGUGCGCGAUUACUGAUUGUUGCGCAUAUUCGGUGCCACUAACGGAUAAACCAACACCCGCUAAUGGACUCUGAGAAGAAAACGGAAGUCAAAGGCAAGAGCUGGCGCAGAGAACGGGAGGAGAGAGGUCGGCGACUGCAAGCCAGGACUUUGCAAUCCGAGAAGAAUGACCAGAAAUGUGCGGUUCCGUGCAGCAAUAACAUUCCGCCCGGUGCCGGCGGCGAUUCUAAACGAGAAACUGACGUCGUCUCUGCCAAUGACAACUCCGCUGAGAAGGUGUCAAAACGGGCUGACAGUUUGCCCCCAGAGGAACCGCCGGAAGAAGUGGCACUCAGUACAGUGGAAGACAACGCUGCCGCCGUGGAAGAAAGUGAAAAGGCAAUCCUUGAUGCGUAUGUGACGGAAAUUCAAGAGAGACUCAACUUCAAAUCGGAACUGCGGAGCAAGAAUUUGGCAGCUUCGGGCAAUCGUCCAGAAGAGGCAUUCUUCAGUAGGCUAGACUCGAAUCUUCGGAAAAACACUGCUUUUGUAAAGAAACUGAAAACAAUCUCGGAAGCCCAGAGGGACUCUCUCCUAAAGGACAUGGCUGGCCUGAACCUGACCAAGUACAUCAGCGAAGUGGCGGCUGCCAUAGUGGAGGCCAAACUCAAGAUGUCUGACAUACAGACAGCUGUAAUUGUGUGUUCAUCUUUGCACCAGCGAUAUGCAGAGUUUUCGACACAGCUGCUCGAGAACUGGCUCAAGGCACUCCCUCUAAAAAAGGACGACAAGGCUACUAACCUGAGUAAGAUCAGAGUGGACUUGAGAUUCUUUGCCGAGCUGCUUGCCUGUGGAGUGUUUACUCAAAAGGAAGGCCUGCCAGUGCUAAGAAACUUGCUGACAUUUCUAACAAGUAGUGACCGUGAAGAGCACAACAACCUAAACAUCCUGAUCAGCUUCUGCAAGCACUGCGGCGAGGACUUUGCAGGAUUGGUCCCUCGCAAGAUUCGCAUCCUCGCUCAGAAGUACAUUCGGGAUGUCCCAAUAAGCGAACUUUUGACCCCGGACAAGCAGAAAAGCCUGCAGAGCAUCUUGCGCGAGUACUACCGUUCACUCUGCCGACACCUGCUGCGUGACCACCAGAACCUUCGGGGCAUCGAGGCGCACAAUCGCCGCGUCCUCCAGACCAAAGGCGAGCUCAGUGGUGAGCAGAAGGAAAAGUGCGAAGCUGCUCACCUGGCCUUCCAAAAGCUGCUCACCGGAACCCAGCAGUUCGCAGAUGUUUUAGAUGAAGAUGUUCCCGACUUGCCACUCGAAGAAAUUGCCUCAUUGGAGACUGACGCUGCUACUCUUGACAUCCACAAUAGGUUCAAGGGCGGAGAGCUGGACGGAAGCAGCUCGUUGUGGGAAGACGAGGAGUCGCGCAGCUUUUACGAGAAUCUCCCGGAUCUCAAGGCGUUCAUACCUGGGAUCUUGUUCAAGGACAGUGCACAGGCUACCACCACUAGCACGGUUACGACUGUGGAGGAGCCUGCUGAUCUCUCUUUGGAAGAAGAUUUGCAGAAGUUAGAAAUGGAGUGUGCCCUUGAGAUUGAAGAAGAAAAGGAGAAUGCCCGCCUGGAUAAUGGUUGUAAAAUAGAAGAGAAGGACUUGACUGAGACGUUGCUGCAGGAAAUUGAAGCGCCUGACGAAGAGCCCACACCUGGUACUGGGCCGGGCACUGCCAACAAGCUUCUCUUAGAUGGUUUCCUAAACUCGUUACUGCACUGUGUCAGCCGGGAAAUGGUUGAUCAGGCUGCAGAGCAAUUCUGCAUGAGCCUCAACACCAAACCCAAUCGUAACAAGCUGAUCAAGGCCCUCUUCCUUGUUCCUAGGACAAGGCUGGAUCUGUUGCCCUUCUAUGCUCGAUUUGUGGCCACCCUUGCCCCAUGCAUGCCAGAUGUGGCCACUGACCUCGUCAGCAUGCUCAAACAGGACUUCAAGUUCCAUCUUAAAAAGAAAGACCAAAUCAACAUUGAGUCUAAAGUGAAGACCAUGAGAUUUAUUGGAGAACUCGUGAAGUUCAACAUUUUCCCCAAGUCGGAUGCCCUCUACUGUUUAAAGAAUCUCCUGCUGGACUUCAGCCAUCAUUACAUAGAAAUGGCUUGUAACCUCCUUGAGACCUGUGGCCGUUUUCUGUUCCGGUCGCCUGAAUCGCAUCAGAGGACGAAGGUUUACUUGGAACAAAUGAUGCGGAAGAAGGCUGUUCAGGCGUUGGAUAGCCGGUACAUCACCAUGAUCGAGAAUGCCUUCUACUACUGCAAUCCCCCUGAAGCACCCAUGUCUGUUCGUGCUGUGCGACCACCACUUCACGAGUAUAUUCGCAAGCUUCUCUAUAAGGACCUCACAAAGAGCAACACCGAAAAGAUCCUCCGUCAGAUGCGCAAGCUGGACUGGGAAGAUCCCGAAGUGUGCGCCUAUGCCACCAAGUGUCUGGUCGCCAUCUGGAAUGUCAAGUACUACAACAUUCGGUGUAUGGCCAAUCUGCUGGCAGGCCUGGUUGCAUAUCACGAAACGGUCGGCCCUCAGGUUGUGGACGGUGUUCUGGAAGACAUUAGGCUUGGAAUGGAGGUUAAUCACCCAAAGUACAAUCAGCGGAGAGUGAGCGUGGUGCACUACCUCGGCGAGCUUUACAACUACCGCAUGGUCGAGUCAUCUGUCAUCUUCAAAGUUCUUUACUCUUUCAUCACUUUUGGUGUCAACCUCAACGUGACGUCUUCUUCAGGGUCUCCAAGUGCCUUGGAUCCACCGGACAGCCUGUUCCGCAUACGACUGGUCUGCAUCUUGCUUGAGACUUGCGGACAGUACUUCAACACAGGGUCUUCCAAGAAGAAACUCGAUUGCUUCCUGGUCUUCUUCCAGCAAUAUUACUGGCAGAAGAAGUCGUCCGACACGUACGGGGAGGAAAACCUCUUCCCCAUCACGGUGGACUACCUUGUCAAGGACACACUGCUUCCACUACGACCGAAGAUAAAACUGUGUGAGAGUGCCGAGGAGGCUACGGCUGCCGUUGAGGAUCUCAUGUCCGAGCUCAAACCCAAGCUGUCCGAAUACCUAUCUCCACCUGCAGCUGGCGGUGAAGAUGGGGACAAAGCCAAAGAGUUGGAAAACCUCAGCCCGAUUCAAGAAGUUGAAGAGGAACCUGAUGAAGAAAACCACAGUGGUGAAUGCAGUGACCAGGACGGAGACGUGGAGGGCGACGGUGACACGGAUGUCUACAGUGGAAGCCAGAGCCAGCCGCUUGAAGAUGAGGUUGGGUCAAGCACUGAGGAUGAAGCCGGCAACUUGGACGAGGACCCUGGGAGCUCUCAGCAAGACGUCACAUUGGUCGGUCAAAGGCCCCGGCGCGCCCCCUGUCCCGAGGAUGACGACUUUAUGGCGGCAUUUGACAAGAUGCUGUCGGAAAGCAUACUCCAUCGUAGCCAGGACUCGGUGAAACCACAGGGAGAUAUCGUCAUACCCAUGAGCCUAAAGGGCACAGGCCAACAGAAAAAAACAUAUAGCAACCUUCUGGAGAAGAAAGGAGAGGAAGACAAGAACACCAUGAACUUUAUCCUGAUGACCCGCAAAGGAAACAAGCCCCAGUUCAAGAGCCUGGAGGUUCCGGUGUCUUCAGAGCUUGCACAGAACCUGAAGGACAGGGAGGAGGCUGAGAGAGCAGAGAAGGAACAAGUGAAGAUGCUCACAUUAAACAUCAACGAAAGGCAAGAGGAAGAAGAUUACCAAGAAAUGCUUGCAGCGCAGCAGAGACCCGUGGUGUUAAACCUAAAUCGCGACCGAAGGCACAAGUAUCAACACCCCAAAGGAGCUCCCGAUGCGGACCUCAUCUUCGGAAACAAGAAGCGCUGAGUGAACACCGAGAGACGACCACUGUUCCCCCUCGUCCAAGGCCAUGGAGGCAACGGAGCACAAAUGCAUUGCCACGCCUUCCUGCCAUUCUGAGCUGCUGAAUGAACAGCCGACAUCAAGCUGAUGCCGAGAGGCGGCGGCCAUCAUCGUGCUGAAGGGAAUGCCGUCUGCACAGCGGGGGUGCCACCGGCACGUACUAUGUUGCCAGUGUACAUAGUUCCUUCCACCCACUCUCUCUC